CAGCUCAAUCCACCACCGCUUGCCAUUGGCUGUUGGUCUGGCACGGCACGUGCUGCCUGUGGCCGAGGUAGGUAGGCAGGCAACUCGUUUACCUGUCCCUCGCUCUGUUCCUCUUACCUGCCCGCCAUGGUAGGUUUUCGUGGAGCGUAUAAAUAGCGCUGCCAGGAUAAGGCCUCAGUCAGACAGUCGCAAGCAGCCACGGCGAACGGUUCAAGUUGUUUACUACACAAUCCUAGUUGAGACUUUAUAUAUAUAUUGCUAACAUGUCGUCCAGUGAGAUAUAUCGCUAUUACUACAAGACCACUGAGGAUUUGCAGGGCUUCAAGCCAGGCGCAGCGGAGCCUUACUUCAAUCCCAUGGCCGCCUACAAUCCGAAUGUGACGCACUAUCAGUUCAAUUGCAAUACGCUGGCCAGCUCCAGCAAUUAUUUGUCUGCCAAUGGCUUCAUCAGCUUUGAGCAGGCCAGCUCCGAUGGCUGGAUCACCUCUUCGCCGGCCAGCCAUCGCUCCGAGAGUCCCGAGUAUGUUGAUCUGAAUACCAUCUACAACAAUGGUUGCAAUGGCUUGCCGCAGGCCCAGCAGUUUGCACUGCCACUGGAGCAGCCGGCGCCGCCAAUGCCAGCAACUGCAGCACAGCCAGCCAUGGAGAUUAUGGGCUCACCCAAUGUGGGCACUUGUAAGACUCUGCCAGCCGCAGCGCCAGCGACCAAGCCCAAGCGCAGCUACACGCGCAAGAACCAGCAAGUGGCAGCUCCAGUCAACGACACUCUAAGCCAAACCAACUCAGCUCAGCCCGCGUCCAAUGUCCAGCUCUAUGGCGAUGACUUUCAGAGCUUUGAUUUUGACAAUUCCGCUCUGUUUGAUGACAGCGUGGAGGAUGAUGACGAUAUGAUGCUCGACUUCGACGAUGACUUCGAUGGCGAGGGCAACGAUGGCUCCUUUGUGCUGGGCGAUGGCGACAGCGAGGAUGCAGCGGGCAAUCCCAAUGCGACAGCUACAGGCGCCGGCAAGAAGCGUCGCAAUAAGCAAAUCUCGCCCGUGGUCAAGCGCAAACGCCGCCUGGCAGCAAAUGCACGCGAACGCCGCAGAAUGCAGAGCCUCAAUCAGGCCUUCGACCGACUGCGCCAGUAUCUGCCCUGCCUGGGCAAUGAUCGCCAGCUGUCCAAGCACGAAACCCUCCAAAUGGCCCAGACCUACAUCACAGCUCUGGGUGACCUGUUGCGCUAA